GAUGGCCAGCCAAACUUUCUGCUCGGAGCUGUUGUUUAUCUAUCUGUAUGGUUUUGACCAUCAAUCCCCGCGUUGCCUGUCAACCACGGGUCCACCGAAGCUUACUUCCGACUGCUUUGUUCAACGACAGAUAGACAAUAUUUCCUGCUUAGCCCACCCAGUGCGACAUCCAGAACCUCAUGGCUUGCCAUUCCUCGAAGCGCCCACGGGAACUUGAAGAGAUUACGGCCUACAAUGAAGAUACAUCCAGAGAUACCAAGAAACACCGUCCUCUCCCUCUUCGCAGUUCCCCAAGGUCCAGCCAGCGACUGAAGAUUGCCGAGACUGUCAAGCCAAUCUUCUUUUCGGCGUUAACCCCAGUUGAUUCCUCGGAAGAUGAAGAUGUGUUCAGCAAGAGAUUUCGGACCGAGUUGGAUAAGGCAAACGCUCAGCAGCCCCAGAACUUUUAUGCUCCUAAGCAGGAACUCGAUGCCUCGAUGGAUAUAGAUACUUGCGAAGACAUUGAGGAUAUAGACCAAGACAACUUCAGUCCAUCACCGAUUGCUGGAUUCGACAACGGUAUUUCUCAGUCAUUACAUAACCCAUAUGACGUUACCUGCCAGCCCCCAAGUGCUGGAAAUAUCCCCCAGUUGCCCGGUGCGAGGGAUAGUCUCUCGAGGACAAAGUGUCUCUUCCAGAGUGAUGAUAGUCUCUGCCCAUCUGAGCUACUCCGGGGUACUGCCUGGCGCAGUCCACGUUUGCCGAGUCCAGUGAGCGACAACGGUGAUAUACGCGGCAAAGACGCCACUGGUGAUACGGAAAUGGCUGAUGAUAGGCCGUCUCAGCACUCUCCUCCGGUGAUGAAUUCAGCAGCCGCGGAAGCCGAGGCUGCUGAUAUGCGGAAACGACUAUCAUCCUUGGACCUACCAGAUCAGGGCAACGUGGAGCCUACUUCCAGUGUCAAAUCAACCAAAAAGCUGGCAUUUUCAAUGGGAUAUCGCUCUGACUGUGACAAGUGUCGGCGCAGAGUCCCUGGACAUUACAGCCAUAUCAUUAGAGGCUGAUGCCUAUUUUUCCUCCUUCUUAGCGCUUCGUUUCCGGAUUCAGCAAGAGGGUUCAUGUGCGCUUUAGGAUACAUAUCCUUACAUACAUGUUGUUAUGAUGGCAUGGCGUUAGCUCGGCGGCGGUUUUUUCUUACCUUUCUUAUUUUUUCUUCUUUAUGGUCAGAGGAGUCUCGGAGUUUGUAUACUGCCACGGAUAGAAAUACCCAAAAUCAGAAUCAGGGGGUCAAUAAUGCGAUAGAGCAUAUUGCUACCGAGAUAGAUACAAAACUACUCUAUAAACUUACAAAGUAGAUACAGCACAGUGACUUUGAAGGACGGACCCCGACGCCUUCCGACUACCG